CCAUCCAUCAUUAGCUCCUCCUCAUCAGUCUACCGUGAGAACCCUUGUGGAGGAUCUAUAGCAGUCCAAUCUGGACCAGCAGAACUCUGAACUUGUCUGUUUGGUUCUGCUCGGUACCGCCCUCUGUGUGGGAGACCAGACGGACUGAGUUCACACAGAUAGACAUCUUUAUAAUAACACCUGCUUGUUGGUUCAUUCAGCUCAGACCCGAAGAUGAGCUGGUCGAACCGGUUUAUGAAAGAUCUCGGUUUUUUUUAGUUUUACGCAUCUCAAGCUUCACAGACGCAUUAAUAGCGCAGAAAGAUUAAUGCAGUCCGGCGUGACGUUCCUACCGGACUGGACCGAACAGUAGGACGGGAUUCUGUUCGACUGAGUGUUUGUCGGUGUGCUGGGUGUGCGCCGAACUACAGAAGAGAUCGUCACGAUUUCAUAGAUGUCUCAUGUUUGAGGAUUUUUAAAUUAUUUCUCUUCUUAAAAUAGUUACGAAAUUCUAAAAUGCGAGUUUUUGAACGGAGUCUGGCGUGACGUUCCAUCCGCACUGGACCCAACAGGAGGAGCGACUGUUGAAGAUCUAGAUGGUUAUUUUAUAGGUUUUUUGGUGGACUUGAAUAUCAGCCGAAUUGAAAAUCAAUCUAUUUGAUGUUAAAUCAUGUUCGUUUUUUAAGCUUUAACACAUCCCUGGGUUAAUUAGAGAGGAUAUACGCGUUAAAACGCUAUUUUUAAAACGGGAUCUGGUACCGGGCUGUUCUGUUCAACAGAUGUUCCUCAGAAAAAGUGGAGAUUUUUACUGAAACCAUCGCAGUUUAUGGGACUAAAUGUUCGCCGAAUAGAAGAAUGGACUCUGUUGAUUUGUUAAGUAUUCAUUUUUUAUUCUGACAGAUUGAUUUAUAAGCAGAUGAGAGAGGAUUUCUGUUAAAUCAUUAGAAUUUUGAACGGAGUCUGGCGUGACGUUUCCCCUUAAAGCAAAGGGAUCUCCGUGGAAACGGGGUAGUGACAGUCCCCCUCCUCUCUCUCUCUCUCUCUCUCUCUCCUCCUCUCAUCAUCAUCAGGGAUGGUUGGUACUGACAUCCACCACCAGCUCUCCCACUAGCCACCAGUUUGAUACUGGGCCACUUCCAGUAGAGCAGAUGUUCUCCAGCAGCAGAAUGGCUCUGAACCAGUCCAGCCUGCUGUACGGACAGCUGGAGGAGCUGCAGGAGCUCGCCUUCAUCGAGAGGCCGAUCCGCCGGAGCCUCAAGACAGCGGAAGAGAUCGAUCAGCUGACUGUGGAUGAAGACCUGAAUGACAUUGAGAGAGCCGUCUACCUGCUCAGUGUGGGUCAGGAGGUCCAGAGAGCGAGUGUCAUCAGUAACCUGCCGAGCCUCGUCCGCCAGAAUCCAGCUGAGACAUUUCGUCGGGUCGUACCGAAGGUCCGGGAGGUCCUGAAUGGAGCCGGAGCAGAAAUCCAGCUGGCAGCAGCAGCGUCGUUCUUAACCAUCCUGCAGGACGACAUCAUCCUGAUCCACACCCACACCUUCUCCAUCCUGAAGACUGUCCUGCUGCAUCUCAACCACCGAGACACAGUGGUGAGCAAUGCCUGGUUGGAGACUCUGCUGUCGGCCAUCAACGCUCUACCAAAGGAGACCAUCAAACAGGAGGUGCUGAACCCUCUCCUCUACCAGUCUCAGCUGUCUCACUCUCUUCAGGCUCGUCUGGCCAGCUGUCGCAUUUUAGGGAAAGUCGCCUGCAAGUUCGACUCUCACAUAGUGAAGAAGGAGCUGCUGCCGUUGGCCCGGUCUCUGUGUCAGGACGUGGAGUUGGAGGUUCGGGCCGUUAUGUGUCGUCAGCUGGAGAGCAUUGCCAGAGCGAGCGGGGUCGACGACACCAGGACGGAGCUGCUUCCUGAACUGGUGGAGCUCGCCAGAGACCAGGAGUGCAGCGUCCGCCUCGCCGCCUUCGACACCAUCAUCAACCUGAUGGAGAUGAUCGACAGCGAUGACAGACUCCAUGUCGUGGUCCCUCUGGUGAUGUCAGUGUGCGAGGUGUCAUCGCAGGCGGACGAAGCUGUCGUUGCGUCAUUGUCAUUCCAGUUCGGGAAGGUCUGCAGCGGACUGGCAGGCUCUCUGUCAGAUGAGCAGAAGGGCCGGUUGCUGCAGAGGUUUAAGGUGCUGUCUGUCGCCGGUCUGCAGACUGAAGGAAACCAGACUGAGGGUAAUGAGUCGACGCUGGUCCGCUGCAACUGCUGCUACAACCUGCCGGCCAUGGUGGUGUUUGCUGACUCGGCUCACUUCAUGUCAGAGCUCUACCCGUCUUUCUCCAGUCUGUGCUGUGAUCCAGAGGUCAGCGUUCGACGAAGUGCUGCAGCCAGUUUCCACCAGGUGGUGAAGCUGCUCGGUUCAAACGUCCAGCUGGUCCACAAAGAGCUCCUGGCUCUGCUGCAGGACGACGCUCUGGAGGUUUUGGACGCUCUGAUGAAUCACCUGGAAGAAACUCUAGAGGCGGUUCUUUCCAGAGGAGAGAACCUGGCGCUGGACAACAAGUUCCCCGAGCUGCUGUCGGCUCUGCUGAUAGCGGAGCAGAAGGUUGGAGGCUCUCUCCGUUGGCGGCUGCAUGAGAAGCUCCUGCAGCGUUACAGCUGUCUGGCUCGACUGCUGCCCGGAGAACUGCUGCACCAGAGCUUCUCCCCUCGCAUCUUCACCAUCCUCACCACCAACAAGGUGUUGCCGGUUCAGAAGGAGGCGGCUCGGACGUUCUGCACAUUCCUGCGUUACAACCGCAAACAGGAGCAGCGCCAAGAGAUGAUGGAGCGACUGAUUCAAGAUCUGGCUCAGGGGCGGAGCUACUGGAACCGUCUGAGGUUCCUCGAUGUUUGUGAAACGGCCGGCGAGAUUUUCUCCAGAAAAUACUUUAACAAACACUUCCUGAUCCCGGCGCUGGAGCUGGUCCACGACCCCGUCGCCAACGUCAGGUACAAGCUGUGCCAGUUGUUGCCCAGAUUGCGUUCGUCGCUCCGCCUGCCGGCUGACAAACAACUGCUGCAGCAGCUCGACUUCUGUGUCCAGAAACUCCUCUGCAGAGAAAAAGACAAGGACGUGGUGGCCACCAUCCGCAAGACAGUGUUGGAACUGGACAAACUGGACCUGGCAGAGCCUUUUCACAAGAGGCAGGAGAGGGAUUUACUGGACCAGAAGAAGGAAAAGGAGGAAACUCUGCUGUUGGAGAUGGAACAGCUGGAGCGCCAGCAGAGUGACGGAAAACUGAACUCUGAGAAACAUACGGAGAGAAAACGAAGAGACAGUAAAACCAGUCUAGCUGCAAUCAAAUCCAUGUCUGUGUCCUCGUCUGGAGCCACCUUGGCCUCCUCCGGUAAAGAGAUGAGGAAGGCUAAACUGUCACGGAGUCGAUCUCUCAGCAGUCAGCCGACGACGUCCAAAGCUGCCAACUCAGACAGACCUCUGAAAGUGAGGGAGUUGAGCAGUAUGUCUGGAUCCGGGAAGUCCUCCAUGUCAUCGAGCAAAGACGACUCCUUGAGGACUGCCCACUUCUCCAUGGCGACCCAGUCCACCUCCUCCAUGCCGGUCCUGAUCCGCAGCAACACCACUAGCCUCCUGGAGAGGGCCAGUACACUAGACCACAGAAGUAGUAGUAUGGACCACAGGACCAGCACCAUAGAUCAGAGAGAUCAUAGAACCAGUACACUGGACCACAGAACCAGUAACAUGGACCACAGGAACAAUAUGUUGGAGCAGAGAACAGGUACAAUGGACCACAGAACCAGUACUUUGGACCAUAGAACCACUACCAUUGACCAGAGAGACCACAGAAGCAGUACUAUGGACCAGAGAGACCAUAGGACCAGUACCCUGGACCAGAGAGAUCAUAGGACCAGUACUCUAGACCAGAGAGAUCAUAGGACCAGUACCCUGGACCAGAGAGAUCAUAGGACCAGUACCUUGGACCAGCGCAGUAAAACGAUGGACCGGGGGUGCGGGGUGAAAGACAGCCAGUCCAGAAAGCUGUCAAUAAACAGAAAGUCAAACUCUUUCAGCGUCCAGUCAGGACGAGACUGAAGAUGAUGACGUCAUUAUACCUCCAAAAGGCCAUCAGCCAAUCAGCAGUCAGGGUUCACAAGUUAAAGGACGAAUAAAGGCUUCAGAACAUUACCCAGAAUGCAACAGGACAUCAUCUCUUCCAAACAGAGAGAGUAGAGCCUGACUUCUAUUUGUAUCUACUGAGCUGCUUCUAUUUUCUGAGCACUGUGUAUUCUAAUGAUCUCAUCCUGUCACCUGAUUGGUUCAGUAAACUCCACACAUA